AUGUGUCGAGAGAAGUCGGAGUGUGCGACCUGUGGCCGGACGGACUCGCGGCUUGUCAAGGAGGUAGACGAACGUGAAGAAGCUCAGUGGAAAAGCAGCAGUGAAGGAGAAUGGGAAAUGCAGUGGACGUCGAGCGAAAUAGAAAAACGAAAAGGUCGGAAAGAAAGGACCCCAGUCAAGCGUGAAAGCCGACAUCACGCUGGCGCCCGCGCGAACUUCGGCAUCGAAUUAUUCGUGGCAAGACGACUCGAAGGCCGUCACCGCGAAAGCGAAAGAAAACAGGACAGCCGUAAACCAGAGGAGAAAAGUGCAGAAGGAACCUCCGACUGUCGUUUGCCUGGAAGUCUCACUUGA